AAUUGUACGGCGGAGCGCGUGGCCAGGUACAUUGCGACUUCCAUGCCAAGUCGAGAUAUCAUUUACGACUCACUUCAUCGACUUCGAGACAUAAAUGCGACUCGCUGAACCAAGCUCGAGACAGCAUCGAACAAGCUUGAGAUAUUAUCGCGACUCGUUGCACCAACUUGAUAUAUCGCCACGACUUGCUGACUCAAGCUUGAGAUAUCACUGCGACUUAGUCAAGUCGAGUAUUGUCGUGACUCACUGAGGUUUAUUGGACUAUAUGUACGCGUGGAAUUCUAGGUAGUCCACCGCUUGGAUUGCCAGAUUCUCAAGACAUCAGCACACGAUUCACCCAAGCACGCAGGUUUGUCCAAGAUCGUGAAGCACAAAUUGCUGGAAGAUUUAUUCGGGAAGUCGGGAACGUCAACCCAGCAUGACUUUCAUCACUGUCGCUAGUGCGACACUUCCCAGUGUGCCGCUGGACUUUCAAGGGAACCUACGGAGAAUUCUGGAGAGCAUCCGAGUUGCAAAAGAACGAGGAGCUACGCUUCGGACAGGACCUGAGGUAGGGCAAAUUGCGGAUAUAUUGGAAAUUCCUGGUUAUGGAUGCCUCGACCAUCACCUCGAGAACGAUACUUUUGUUCACAGCUGGGAGGUGCUCGCCCAGAUCCUCAGCGAUCCUGUGACUAAAGAUAUGCUCGUCGACGUAGGUAUGGGCGUGAGACAUCGAGAUGUACGAUACAACUGUCGUAUCCUGCUUACAUACAAAAGAAUCUUCUUGAUUCGACCGAAGAUGAGCCUUGCCAAUGAUGGCCUGUAUCGCGAAGCCCGUCACUUCACCGCUUGGGUGAAACCGAGGACUGUAGAGACAUAUUAUCUUGAGAAGGUCGCACGCGACAUUACUGGACAAAAAACCGUACCUAUCGGAGACGCUGUCCUCUCCACAUUAGACACGUCCGUUGGCUGUGAGACGUGUGAGGAGCUUUUCACUCCACUAAAUCCCUCGACCUAUAUGGGACUCAACGGCGUGGAGGUCAUUGUCAAUUCAAGUGCCUCACACGCCGAGCUGAGGAAGCUCAACACCAGACUCUCCCUAAUCCAGAAUUGUACUCGAAAGCUUGGUGGAAUUUAUAUUUAUGCCAAUGCGACCGGAGUUGAUGGCGAGGCUAGAAUGAUGUUUGACGGCUCAUCAAUGAUCUUGUGCAACGGCAAAGUAAUGCAGCAAUCUUCCCAGUUCUCCCUGGCGCCCGUCGAGGUCAUCACUGCGACGAUUGAUAUCGAGGAGGUCCGCAGUUAUCGAAGUAGCAUAUCGAGGAACGUACAAGCUGCAGCACAGCCGGAGUACCCACGAAUCGAAUGUGACCUAUGUUUAUCCUCCCCAGCCGACGAGGUUCUACUCUCGAAUACAUUAAAACUAUCGAGACCAAUCUCGCUCACCAUCCUGGAUCCAAUGGAAGAAAUCUUCAGGGCUGAAGCGGCCUUCCUGUGGCAAUACCUCACGCGGGCUAGUGCUGCUGGGUACUUCCUUGCUCUUUCCGGAGGUCUCGACAGCGCUACCGUGACACUCUUUGUCUUUGGCAUGGCCAAGGUGGUGUUGCAGUUCAUCAACGAAGGAGACGAAAACACGUUGGCGGAUCUCAGGCGAAUUACGGGCGAGCCAGAUCUCACCGUGAAAACACCUCAAGACAUUGUAAAGAGGUUACUCCACACAUGCUAUAUGGGAACGCAACACAGUGGGAGCCAUACGAGAUCGCGUGCUAAACGAUUGGCCGAACAUGUUGGUGCAUUUCAUUCUGAUCUCAGCAUUGAUGACACCAUUACUGCACACGAAGGUAUCGUGGAGCAGGCCUUGAACUUCAAGCCAAGAUUUAAGGUCGAGGGAGGAAGCUGGGCAGAGAACCUCGCCAAACAAAACAUCCAAGCACGAAACAGAAUGAUGGCGCAGCUUAGCACGACAGCUCGCAAAAUGCCGCGUGCAGGUUCAAGUCUUUUAGUGUUGUCAUCUGCGAACGUAGAUGAAGCUCUCCGAGGAUACCUGACCAAAUACGACUGUUCGUCUGCCGACAUCGCGCCGCUAGGAAGCAUAUCAAAAACCGAUGCAAAAGCCUUCCUGGCAUGGGCUCGCGAGAAGUGGGACAUGCCAAUCAUCACGGAGUUCCUUGAAGCGCGUCCAUCGGCUGAGCUAUUACCCCUUUCUGCUGGAGAGCAAGACGACGAAUCCGAGUCCGAGAUGGGUCUUACGUACGAUGAAUUGAGCACUUUCGGAGUCUUGCGGAAGGUCGAAAAGCUUGGUCCAUGGUCUAGUUACCUCCGACUCCUGGUUGAGUGGCAGGAUCGGCCUGGAUUCGGACCUAAGGAAGUUGCAACCAAGGUCGAGCGCUUCUUCCGAUACUAUGCGAUCAAUCGGCACAAGAGCACUGUCCUUACGCCCAGCGUUCAUAUGAGUGCAUAUAAUCCAGAUGAUAACCGUCAUGAUCUCAGGCCGUUCCUGUAUGUCAUCGACUGGCCGUGGCAGUUCAACAAGAUCAGAAAACAUGCCGACGCUCUGGUGGAGAGGUUGGCCCAGAAGGGUGAUCACCCAAACGGUCAGCAAGUGGAUUGAAAUAGUCUGUUGGGAAGGCAGAAGAGGUCUCUCAGCGCCCAUGCAGGGUUUCGCCAUGUCCUGUUGAGGAGCAGCACAACUCAUCUCAGUAUGCACAGACGAUCAAGCGACAACAUACGCAAUUGACAAGCUUUACGUGGGUGUCUACAUCGCAUCGCUUCAUUUGAUCUUUGAGUCCGUCACCUCGGACUCUGAAACCAGCUGGCUUCAGCCCCGACAGGCUGCUCGUGGCCCCGUAUUAUCGCUGGGCGAUAGGGUCGAUAAGUUGACGGAGGGUCAAAAGACAAGCAGAUUUUGCCCAGAUCUCAGACACACCCCCAGUGGACCAAUGCAUGUUGCAGCUCCCAGCCACAUUCAAAAGACAAAGAGGUACUAUUGAGGCACUGCACGGUGUUGGUGGGUGAUGUUUGUGGCUAUGACUAUUCAAGUCGGCCCAUUGCACCCCUGAGGAUGAGCU